AUCCAAUUCUUCGUCUUCCUACCCCAUCCCAUCUAGUCCCUUCCCACGAGGAGACCGCUCGACUGAUGAUCCGUACGGUGCUACCGGAUUGUCUUCCAUCUCGUCUUAGUUUUAUUCCUCCCGGUCCGGCCCAUUGUAUUGGAGUCCCUCAGCAUGCGGUGGCGGCUGCCUGGCGCCCGGUCGACCCUCCCUGCCAGUGUCGCACUUCUUCUACUCCCUGUUCUUGUUGCUCCGCAGCAGUGGCAUGAACAGUACCAUGACCUUCCUUCCACCGUUUCUGUUCCGCUUCGACCAACCGGAUUCACCGCGGGAGUUGACUCUUCGCCUUCAUUCGAUGAUGUGAAAUCCAACGAUGCGAGCGCCCUAGCAACCUUGGCUCUGGCGGGCUCUGGCCGCGCCGUUCGAGCCCCUCCUACCCAGGCGAGCAGCCCUUCGGCUGGCCUGGCCCCGCAGCUUCACGCGCGGUCCUUGCAGGAUUGGGAGGUUGAGGAUUUUGUUUUGCUGGCGACCGUUGACGGCUCUAUUCACGCAUGCGACCGCAAGACCGGCACUGUCCGUUGGGCCCUCGAGGUCCCAAGUAGUCCCAUGGUCGAAAGCAUCUACCAUCGGGCCAAUCGAUCAAGCUUUGACCGCACGCAACCCGAGGAUGAUUUCAUAUGGAUCGUGGAGCCGAGCCAGGGCGGCAGUCUUUAUAUUUACAGCUCGGGUCCAGAUGCUGGGCUGCAGAAAUUGGGGCUGACUGUGAAGGAGUUGGUAGACGAGACUCCGUACUCGGGAACCGACCCUGCCGUUACCUAUACAGCUCGAAAAGAGACAACCCUCUAUACCGUCGAUGCACGGAUGGGAAGCAUCUUGCGGGUGUUCAGCUCUAGGGGCCCCAUCUUGUCAGGCCAGGAGUGCCGAAAGGUCGACGGCCUUGGUGAAGACAUGGACGAGUGCGAGUCUCCAUCCGGCACUCUGGUACUUGGCCGCAUCGAAUAUACAGUUGCCAUCCAGAAUACUGAAACAGGAGAUCCGAUAUGCACGUUAAAAUACUCGGAGUGGUCGGCCAAUAAUCGGGAUAUAGAUCUUCAGAGUCAGUACCUCCAUACAAUGGAUCAGAGUCACAUUUACAGCAUGCACGAUGGCGUGGUCUUGGGCUUCGACCAUUCUCGAAUGGACCGUCCUCGGUACACCCAGCGAUUCUCGAAUCCGGUGGUGCGGGUCUUCGACGUUGCUCGCCCAGCCGAUGUUGAUUCGCCCAAUGAGCCUACCCCUCUUGUUCUGCUUUCGCAGCCUUUGCAGCCUCCUAAUCCGGAACAUGUCUCGAUUGAUGAUCGUGACACUCGAGUUUUCAUCAACACCACCGAAGUUGGCGGUUGGUAUGCCAUGUCGGAGGAAACAUACCCACUUGUUACUGGCAGGGCGAAGAUGGCACAAUGCUACGAAAAGGACUAUCUCCGCCAUGGACAGCCAUUAACGAGCUUGAACUUGCCGCUGCAGCAAGACGCGUUAGCGGGAGUUCAUUCUCUCAAUGGUCCCCGAAUUAUCCGUCGUCAGAUCCCUAGCAUCUCCGCGCCUUCUUCGGCCGAGUUAUCCAACGACACACCCCGAGACUUGAUAUACAGCUCGUCUGAUUUGGCGCUUCCGCCCGGCCUCCGACACAGCGCCAUUAUUCGCAAGGGAUGGGAUAAUGCAGUCGACAUCUUCGUGACACUUUUGCUCUUGUUCUUCGGCACAUUCAUCUGGUUCAACUCCCAUCACAUCCAGGAGCUUGCUAAGCAGAAGCUCGAUCUUAAAAACAUCAUGGCAUCCUAUGGACAACCCCCUUUGUCCACCCCGUCGACCCCGAUUGUGGACGCUCCUCACCUGAAACACGAGGCCAGUCCCAACCGGUCCAUGACAAAUGUGACCAUCGACGUCAACGUCCCUGAAGAGCAGCAAGCGGGUGGUGAUGCCACACCGAAGCCUGCAAAAUUUCAGAACGCUCCUGCUCCCGACACGACUCCACGCGUCCGUAUUCGGGAACCUUCGCGGGGUCCGGAGGCCGAUGACGAUGUGGAAGACCUAAGCCUACAGGAUUCCGAGAAGCCCAAGAAGAAAGCUCGCCGAGGCCGCCGUGGUGGAAAAGCUCAUCGCCGAGGCAAAAAGCCCAAUGCGGAUGGUGACUCCGCCGAUGGCAUUGCCGAUGAAGCGAACGACCUUUCUCAGUCUCGCUUGGAACCUGACGUACAGUUGACUCGGACAGCGUCUCAUGAUGUCAUGGAGAUGGACGGCGUGCUCCAAAUAGGACGAUUGAGAGUAUCGACUGAUGUUGUACUAGGACAUGGAAGUCAUGGAACCGUGGUUUAUCAAGGAUCGUUCGAUGGACGAGACGUAGCUGUCAAGCGCAUGUUGGUGGAGUUCUAUGAUAUCGCGUCUCACGAAGUGGGCCUACUACAAGAGAGUGAUGACCACGGCAAUGUCAUCCGGUAUUAUUGUCGAGAGCAAGCGGCCGGGUUCCUCUACAUUGCCCUGGAGUUGUGUCCGGCCUCCUUACAAGAUGUUGUUGAACGCCCAUCCGGCUAUCCACAGUUGGUUCAGAGCGGCUUAGAUUUGCCCGAUGUCUUACGUCAAAUCACCGCAGGUGUUCGGUAUCUUCAUUCUUUGAAGAUUGUCCAUCGAGAUCUAAAACCACAAAACAUUCUCGUUGCAAUGCCCCGGGGACGCACCGGCUCGAGCUCAUUGCGGCUGCUUAUCUCGGAUUUCGGUCUGUGCAAGAAACUUGAGGAUAAUCAAAGCUCAUUCCGCGCAACUACGGCGCAUGCCGCAGGUACUUCCGGUUGGCGGGCUCCCGAACUCUUGGUGGACGAUGAUAUGACCCCAUCUAUGCAGAGCACCGAGUCUCAACAUACUGAAUCAUCUGAACCUGCCGUCGUGGACCCCCAAACGAAUCGGCGGGCCACUCGGGCGAUUGAUAUAUUCUCUUUGGGCUGCGUCUUCUACUACGUUCUCACGCGGGGCUGCCAUCCGUUCGACAAGAAUGGGAAGUUCAUGCGCGAGGCCAACAUCGUGAAGGGCAACUACAAUCUCGAUGAGCUCCAGCGCCUGGGUGACUAUGCCUUUGAGGCUGAAGAUCUUAUUCAGUCGAUGCUGUCGCUGGACCCUCGAAAACGACUUGAUACUAACUUUCCCAGUCCGGACGCUAGUACUGUCUUGACGCAUCCGUUCUUCUGGCCUCCAUCCGACCGUCUCAGCUUUUUGUGUGAUGUCUCAGACCACUUCGAAUUUGAGCCGCGAGACCCUCCCUCAGAUAACCUCUUAUGUCUCGAGUCGGUGUCCCCCCGCGUGAUGGGCCCAGACAUGGACUUUCUGCGACUUUUGCCUCGGGAGUUCAAGGACAGUUUAGGCAAGCAGCGCAAGUACACUGGGUCGAAGAUGCUAGACUUGUUGCGAGCUCUCCGGAACAAGCGCAAUCAUUACAAUGAUAUGCCGGAGCACCUCAAAGCGCAUAUCGGCGGCUUGCCUGAAGGGUAUCUUAAUUUCUGGACAAUACGGUUUCCCAGCCUUCUCAUGAGCUGCCACUGGGUCAUUGUGGAGUUGCGCUUGACGCGGACUGAUCGGUUCAAGAGAUACUUCACCGCGGUUGACUAG